AUGUCGUUCCAAGUACCCUACGAGUCCAGUCCACCUGAGACUCCAGAGAAAGAUCGCUCUCGCAGCCUUUGGAGCAAUUUGUCGACAACUCCUGCCGGCCCGCCGCCCUCCACUGCAGGCUCAUUCAUACCGCAUUCUACAUCCGACAUCAAUGGUGGCUCGCGCAUCAACUCCUUCUCCAGAAACGAUAGCGCAUUCUCUACAAACCAGAACUCCUUUUCGAGAAACGAUUUCUCCAACUCUGUCUUUACCAAAUCCGGUAACAUCAACACAAAUGACAGCAUCUUUGGCUCAUCCUUUGGAUCGACGGAUUAUGCCAUGCCCAAGCAGACGAAAGCCCCUUCCGCCAAGCUCACAGGCAAUUCUAGCCUUCGUUUCGGUGUGCCGAAUGGAGGCGGAUUUGGAGAUUCGAUGGAUUUCGGGCAGUCUAAUGGAUUUGCCUCGUCACAAAUGAGUGACUUUAACGAAGAGCAGGAACACGAGAUGGAACCGGAGGAAGAGGAACUCGAAGAGGAGGAGGAGGAGCAGGAGGAAGCUGAAGGGGAAAUGGACAUGAGCACCCAGGAUCGGUCCAAGAACUUCAACUUCUUAGACUCGGCUUUCGGAAACCCUUUCGGGUCCCAGCCCUCCAUGGGUGCGCAGCGCAAACCGAUCUAUUCGAAUCCAAGCGAUGCCAAGCGACCGAAGCUCGACGAGAACUGGACGCACCAGUCACCCCUCCGCAAGACCAACCUGGCCCCCAAAAAGCCUUCCGCGAUGCCAUCUAUUCUGCACAACCUUGCUGCCAGAUCCCGCAUUGCUCUUGUUAAAGAGCCAAGUGAGAUGAUUCUCAAAACCGAGGAUGCCCUGGGAAAACUUUCCGACGAGCUCAAAGCCGCGGAAUUCAAACAUGUCGAUUUCGAUGCUGUAUUGGCCGAGGUAUCAAAGGAAUUCGUUGAGAAUUGGCAGACUUGCGCCGGCGAAAGUGUGAUUGACCGGCCCUACGGUGCUCAUUCUGGUAUUGGGCCCGGGGAGCAGGCUCCCAACCUCGUGAAAGCUACCUUCUUGGCUUCGUUGCUGCUCCAAAUCCACCACCCUUCUCGUGAAGCAGCUUCGACUGCCCACAUCAACCCAAUGCGCACCGGGGCCGCUGGUAUGGUGAAAGCCAUGACGAGACCCCCCGUUCCUAAGCCCCUACCACGGGUUUUGCUUGACUGGCUCAGUGAAAACAACCCAUCGCAGACCAAGGAUCUCCAAGCAUUAAAAUAUGUGGAACCGAACCCGACCGCAUCCACAAACUUCUGGGAUAUUAUCAUUGCUUCCGUGUUGCGUGGACGCUUGACUGAUGCCGCAGAUGUUCUCCGUUCCGCAGACUUCAACUACGCCCGAUCAGCAUUGGAGGAUGGGCUCCCACAGCCUGGCUACCGCGGUGCUCAACUGCAGAAUAUCCAGCGCUGCGUCAAUAAGGCUCUUCAAAUUCUUGAAUCAUGCCCUGCAGCCCAAUCUGAAGACUGGGAGGUCACCGGCCUUGAUUGGUCUCAGUACCGGAAACGAGUUCUUUCGGCUGUUAGUGAUUUGGAGGAAUUCGCCGAGGGAGAGGAGCGGGAUGAAUCGAUUGUGCCAGUUCCAGAGAAUCGCUUCCAGGCCGUCAACUUCGGAUUGUCCACCUUUAACUCAAACACUGCCAACAAGAACCCAAUUUCAUUUGCUCAAUCGGCUCGCAUGGCAGAAAGCCGUGUCCCAUGGUCAAUUUACCAGAGCUUGAGAUCUAUUUACCGAAUUCUUCUGGGCGACCCAUCUGCCAUCAAGGGCAAGUCGCAAGACUGGGUGGAGGCGACCAUUGCAUUGACAGCAUGGUGGGAUGGUGAGGAUGACACCGGUACCGGCAUGGAUUUUGGCGCUACCUCAUCCAGCGACAACUUCCAAGAUUUCUUGCGCUCGCGCGGCCCAAAGAAUCACGUUCGCGCUGUUGAUCGCAACAUGCGUGCCGCCUACCUCGACCGCCUCGAACUAGCCCUCAGCCACACCACCAGCGAUGGGUCCGACAACGCUGAUUUCCGACCCAAUACGCUCAGCAGCGUGGAAGUCGGUCUGGCAUCUGUCUUCGAAGGCAAUGUACAGGGCGUAUUGGAGUUAGUGCAGUCAUGGUCACUUUGCGUGGCUGCCGCUGUGGCAGAAGUUGCCAGCCUAGGAGGUUGGUUUGAGUCAGGGAGCAGCCAAAAGACGCUACCUGGUUUGUCUGAGAAUGAUCUUAUGGUUCUUUCGUACGGGCAGGAGAACAAGUCUCCAGCACGCCAUUUGCGCAAGGACGAUAUUCUUCACAGUUACGCAUUCGGAUUGUAUGAUCGACCCGUUAUUGAGAACGAGCACAGCUCCCGUGAAGGCUGGGAGCUGGCUAUUGAGGUAUUGAGCCGCUUCGACGAUGUAAACCAGAUGAAGAAGGCCGUGUCCGAGAUCGUGGAUAAGCUUCCUUUGGAAAACCCUGAUCAGUUGGAUAAAUUAGUGGUUCUCUGCUCGGAACUUGAGCUGGAGGAUCAAGGGCGUCGGGUAUCUGAGCGAUUCGGCGACAUGUUGACCUCGAAAUCUGAAAACUUCGGCCUGGCCCUCGUCUGCUAUGCUCGUGCCCAGAGCCGACGCAAGGUCAAGUCAGUUGUCGACCUUUUGAUUUCCUACAGCUUGGUCCAAUCACGCGCAUACCCUGCGACAGCUGAGCUCGACGAACAACUACGCUCUUUGAUGAAGGAACCCAAAGCAUGCCUGUCGUCCAUUGCACAAGUCGAUGAAGAAGCUGCUCGGAUUCUCCAGUUCUAUCUCAGUGGUUACGCGACGCUGCGCCGGUUCUAUGAGAUCCGCGACGAGGAAUUCGAACUGCAAGAGGGCCAGCGACCACGCUACAAGCCGUUGGCUCGGCGACGCGCCGCUGCGCAAGCUCUUGCGGCUGUCAUUGGGAGCGCGGCGGAUAAUAUUUACGGAGGUCUCUACGACCCGGACCGUGAUUCCGCUGUGCAGGUAGAUGGACUGCUGGCUCUGCUGGGUGAAGCCUGUGCGUUUGUGAACCAACCCACUGCAGUCCUCUCCGUAUCCCAACAGUUCACCAUCCUGUCCGCAAUCGAGGACCUGGAAACCGUCACUCCCCGUGUGUACGCACAGUGCGAGGAAUGUUUCCGCUCCACCCUACUCGAAUAUCAAUCAUCAACCCGCGGCGGAUCAGAUGGGCCCCCCUCCCCCCGCGCACUAUUGAAGAAAUCCGUGUCCAAUUUCUCCGCUUCCAGCUUUGCCUGCAUCGGCAACGACAUGCUCGAGUCAGCGCGCACACGCUCCCGCUCAGGAUCUGGCCUUACCUCUGUAGGCAGCUCAGGCGUCCUGGUACCCACGCCAGGUGACAAAGCCAGCGCCGAUCGCGGAUGGGAUUGGCGGGCCGGGCUUCCCGAGACCGCCAAGGGCGAGGAUAUCCUCCAGAUGCUUCGACUGGGAUUAGCACGCGGGUUGAGUCACGGCGCCUUGGGAUCAAUCUGAAAUUACGGAGUUAGAGUAAGAGGGAGGCCUAGUUUUGAAGGGUGUUUUUAAUCCGGGAAAUGAAUUUAGCUUAGCACCACUUGCACACACACACACCACAUCUAUUCAGGACCCCGCUUUGUCUUUGGGACAGGCGCUGUACGAUAUCAGACUUAUUAUGCAACUUAAUCCUUUUAGAUACAGUACCUAGGUUCUCUGCAUAUAUUGUGGAACAAUGUUUAUGCAAUAUAAC